UGUCCAUACAGCGCUAACGCACGGCCAUAAUUAAAGUUCAGUCGCGCCGAGGCAGUAGUACGCGUUCGGUUGUCGGCUACCGCGAAAGUUCAACACUGCGCAGUUCCCGCGCGCCGCACGCACAUGCAGGGAAGUUUGAAUUACUACCCACAUGUACUAUCAAUUACGACGGGGUAGUAAACAGAAAAAAAGUCCUUUAAGAAUAUCAUUUAAAAGAUAUUCGAAGAUAUGGAGACUGAUUAGUGCAAGUUUUAUGAAAACAGUAAAUUUCGCAAUCAGCUUUCCGAUAGUUGUAUUAUUAUUCCUUAUCAUACCAAUCACUCUUGUGUUCAAAUGGAUCGUGUCUUUGGCUCAUCGAAUUGCUUGUCUAGGAGUUUUAGGAAACGUAAUGACGAACGACGAGAUUCGUUGGUUGGGUUGUUCUUGGCGUCAUUCUACUGUGUUCGCAAUUUUCAUUCUUGACAAUGAAAUGGAAUUGCAAUUUUUACAACAGCUCGUCGUUAACAAAGUAUUACCGCAAUGUCCACGAUUAACUGAAAAACCGGUGGUGUUGACAAAUUUAUUUGGGAAUUCGCAUUGUUGGAUGUCUGAUAAUAAUUCAUUCGAUAUUAACCAACAUGUGUUCAAAUCGCGUGAAACCACAAUGGAGAAACACGAGCUUCAGAGGUAUAUUGGGCAAUUAGUAUCUGGUGGUUUAUCAAUAGACAAACCACCUUGGGAAUUGCAUUUGUUGUCUCAAUGUGACGAAGCGAUGCCAGGAAAACGAGAUGCAGUGGUUGUAUUUCUCGCUCACCGGUGUCUAGCAGAUUGGAUAUCUUUGGCUAAAUUAUUGUGCACUUGUUUGUCAGAUACGAAACCAUACUACCAUACUUCAGAAAAUCCAACAAAAAUGCGAUAUUGGACAAGCGUAGCGAGAACUGUGAUGACUGGACCUGCAGAAAUUUUAUGGAAAAUGAUUACCCCAAUCAAUGAUGACAAUAUAGUGACUGCGGAUCCCCUAUCUUUAAACUAUAACAUAAGUUGGUCUUGUUUUCAAGGUGCUCUAUCCAAAGUUAACCGAAUUAAUCAAGUGACUAAAACUCCUAACAGUUAUGUAGUUUUGUCUGCAAUUGCUGGAUCGUUGCAUGUUAUGAUGAAAGUUAUUGGACUGCAGCAAAUGGACAACAUGAAUAUUGUUUACCCUGUGCAAACUGGGAACACCGACCACUCGGCACCAGUUCUCAUUCGUUUACCAAUAGGCAUUGAAGGCGCCAUCCCAAGAUUAUGGUUUACCAAGAAAGCAAUGCAAAAUAUGUAUCGUUCGGAUCAAGCUUUAUUGCCAGCAAUAGUUUCUUUAUUAAUGCCACUCCACUCUUCGGGAACCAGAACACUGUUAUCUGGGCUCACUGACAAUUUGGCUUGUCUACAGUUUAGUUGGGUAUCUGGCCCAAGGUCAAGAAUUAUAAUCAAAGGGUCUCCAUUAAAAACAGUUUACUCUGUACUGCCGUCUCAACAAACUAUUGGUGUUUCAGUCUCGGUGUUUACAUACACCGAUGAUAUAUUUAUAAGUGUAAGUGCAGAUAGUGCGAUUGGUGAAGGGUUUGGUGAAACUUUAUUGCUCAACAUAAAACGUCAAAUCGACCAGAUGUACGAGCUGUUAAGAUACAGAAGAAUACCAAAGGAUUUAAAGAACAGUUUUUUAAUAUCGAAUAAUUUUAAAGAUUUAUCGUCUAUAGAUAUUGAAGGGCUUAUAGGGAAAAUGAAAGAUAUUCAGUUACAACUACAAAUGGCUAAAGAACUUGGUGUUUAUAACGACGACGGAAUAAGACACGUAAAUCAGCUUAGAGGCGAGUACUCGGUUUUACUUCGAGAACUACGCAAAAGGAAACACAAAAAUAAAAGAAAUAUUGUACAGAAAAUGUUGGGAUGUUCAAAUCCUUUUAAUUCCAAGUUAAGUUGUGAAAAAGAACAAACCAAGACGGUCCAAGCUACAAGAAAAUUACAAGAAGCAACUAAUAUAUUUGUCGCACAAACUGCUCAAGAUUACCGUCCUAAAAUGCAUAUUUGUAGGAGUACUGUUUAUGCUAAAGACAAUUAUUUAGGAUUACCUAAAUUACCUAGGGAACAACUGCUCACUCAGAUCUAAAUGAUGUUUCAGUUUUUAAAUUAUUCGAUGUAUAUGAUUGUACAUUUGUACAUCUUUUAAUCUGUGCUUCCUUAGCUCAGAUAUUUUUUCUCAAAUUGAAAUGCUAACUCUUUAAAAGACUUGACUACUUAAUUUAUUUUUGACGUUUUUAUUGUUGUGCAGUACAACAUAUUUUCGGUAUUUCUACGAAUGAUUCAAAUUAUUUAAUAGUGUAUCACACUGUAUCGUCCACUAAUAGAGAUGUGUAGUUUGUCACAGAUUCCAAUAAAAUUAUAUAAUUUUUUUUUAUUAUUAAUUUUGUAAGUGUGCGCAUUCAAUUUAGAUUCCUCUUCAGUAGGUCUAAAAUUUCAAUGGUCGCAUUAACUAUAUGCUAUAUAGUACAUGAAAUACAAUUAGGUAUGUAUUUUAUGUUUUUAAAUUUUUAAAUUGUAUGACUUCCACUAUACUAAGUAGGGUAAUAAGACCAAUCAAACGCAAAUGCUCAGAUCUUGAAUUAUUGUUAUUUAACACCAAUAGUUAAAUUUUAUUUAAAAACUUUUAUCUAAUUUUAUUUUCAAAUAUAAUCUAGAGUAAAUGAUCCACUGUAUAAGGGUACUUUAAUAAUAUAUACUUAUGUUUUGCUUUAGGGAAUUUUUCUAUUUGAAUUAGGUCUCUCAUAUACCUAUUAGGUAUUAUAAUAUGAUAUAUUGAUAAAAGAAAUUUAAUAUUUUAAAAUUUAAAAUUUAGGAAUAUAUUAUUUUGGUAUCUAAUGUUUCCUAUUACAUUAACUUAAUUAACUGCUCAUUAUUGGGGAGUCUUCGAGAUAAUCACUCACUAGGUGCGUAUUAGGUAUAUAUCUGUAUUAUAGGUAAGUACUUAUGUAAAAUUAAAUCUUGUUAUUAAUUAGUUAACAUUAUUAUUUAUUUUAUAAGUUUGCACGCACAAUGCACACGUAGUGCAUAGUUUAUAAACAACAUUUUAAGUGUAAAAAUCAACUAGUCAAAGUCGAAAAAUUGGGGAUCAAUAUCUAUAAAAUAUUAAAUGUAGUAUAAAUAAUAAAUGUACCUAUAUAGUAUUAAUGUACUUCUGUAAUGACAUGUUAUGUAAUUUUAGUAAUUUAUAAGUGCUUAUUAUUUACUGCGUUAAGAAAAAUAUAGGAAAAUAUGUGAUAUUAUGUUAAAUAUAAUAUAAUAUAUAAAUUAUAAGCCAUAAGGUCCCUCCAUGGACAAACAAUGCAAUAGAUAUAAUAAUGUUGUUUUUUUUAUAAUUAUAAUUACAAUUUACAACUGUUGAAUAUUUAAAUAAUUUUAAAUUACCUUUACAUCUUUGUUAAAAAUUUAUUGACUAUAUUAUACUAUUUAACAAAAUGAAUACAUGUAUAUUUUCUGUUAUAUAAAAUAUUAUAUUAUCUACCUAA